CGCCCCCUCCGCCGAGCGGCGGCGGUCACGUGUUCCGCUCGAUGCGCUCGGCAAUCGCCGGCGAGGAUCGGUGUUCGGCUCCCCCCGGCGGCCGCUGUGUGACCGGAGGGACCCCGGCCCCGGGUGUCCCCCCCCGUCCCUUGCCGGCGACAUGUCCACCGCCAUGAACUUCGGCAGCAAGAGCUUCAAGCCCCGGCCGCCGGACAAGGGCGCCUUCCCCCUGGAUCAUUUCGGGGAGUGCAGCGCCUUCAAGGAGCGGUUCAUGGAGUGCCUCCGCGAGAGCGGCUACGAGAGCGGGGCCUGCCGGCAGCGCGCCAUGGCCUACCUGGAGUGCCGCAUGGAGAGGCAACUUAUGGCUAACGAACCACUGGAAAAACUGGGAUUUAAAGAUCUGAUAGAUGAGAAAUCAGAAGCAAAACCUGAAAAGUUGUAAUGAAGAAAAACAGCGCCGCUCCUCAUGUUGGAAAGCACAACUCUUGUGUAGUACAUAUUGUACGUUCUGUUCAUACUGCAAUAGGAAGUAUUUCCUGAAGGAACCUCUUUUCAGAGUUUAAUUUUCCUAAAAUAAGAUUUUCUUAAAUGAGCAAAAAUAGUGCCUUUGUCUACUUUCCUUAAGUCUUUCUUAACUUUUUUCUUUUAAUUUUUCUAGCCUACUCUCAAAGAUCUGUAAGAACAUUUUGCCUGGGAGAAAACAAUUACUGCCUGAAGUAUUCUCUGCGUCUCUGAAAUAACAGUGAAGUCCUAUUUAAAAAUAAGACAAAAAAACCCUCCUCUUUGUUGUGCAGAUCUUGAAGUAUAGGUUAAUCUCAUGUGGGCAUUACUAAUAUGCUUACAGCAGGUACUUGUCAGGUGGAAAUAAAGCUGUUACGGUACUUGGAAAUUACUUUUAAUUAAAUGCUGGUAUUAAUCCCUGUCUUUAGAGUGAUCCCCUCAGCCUGCUGUAGAAACCACUGGCGGGGGGGUUCAGUCAUUUAACCUUCAUUGUUGUUGGGACAGUUUUUUGAGUUCCAGACACAAGUCAGGAAGUGAUUCUGCCUUUAUUUAAUAUGCCAACAGUGUUCACCUAACUUUAUUUCAUCAUUUAACUGGGAAUCUUGCAUUAUGAAUAUAUUAAUUUCUCCAAGUAGAGCUGCCAUAUGGUUGGGUUUUUUAUAUUUUUAUGGUAAAAUCAUUGUGGAGACAGGAAUGGUAUUUAUUUGUGCCCUAAGUAACUGAAAUGUAUAUAUAAAUGUGAUUGGAAAAUUUUAUUCUUUUAAAAAUAGAUGUUUUAUGUUUAAAAAAAAUGGGGUAGCUCAAGAGUUAGCUAGUUAGAAAUCCAGUAUUUCUUUCUAAAGCACGUAGUGCAGCCCAGAGAGUGAGAAGGCGAGGCAACAGGCCGUGCAGUGGGGGAGAAACCAGGUCAGAGUAUGUAGAGAAGAUCCCUGAUAGGUGUUUGUGUAACUUAACCCUGAAUUAUCAGAGCCAGUGGUAUUUCUCUCCCAUAUACUAAUGCAAAUGGGUCUCUCUUUAUUAAUAAACAGAGUUCAAGCCAAAACAAUUUGGCCUGAUUGGCCCCUAGAAAUAUGUUUCAAGCAGACAACAGAUGGGUAAAUCCUCUGGUUGUAUUUUCUGCUAUGUCCUGCCCUGUUCCCCUUGCUGCCUUUUUUUUUUCAUCUUUUUUUAACCUGGUGAAUCCUGUCUCUGUGUGUCUGGCUCUCAAACUGGAAGGUUUAGGGUCAGGGCCCACAGACAGCGAUACACACACAGUUUGCCAAGGCAGUUCUCCUACGCUUUGUCCUUUGUUUGAUGUUCUCUGUUUGAUAUGUCUCACCUUUCCUGCUGUCUGCUAUUAUUCCUUUUGCUUCUGCUUCUCCCCACCGUGCGUCUGUUCCCGCAGAGAUCCAGGAAAGGGUAAAAGAACAUUUUUCUGCUCUUCGUGUUGAUGGUUGGAGCUGGGGUUUAAAUUGUUGCUCAGGUCUAAUCUGAUGGAACAGACCGCAGAUAGUUCAGAGCGGGUCCCUGUUUGAAAAGAGUGUUCACUUGCUGCUGCAUAGUUUUAUUCUUCUUCAUUCUGCUGUUUAAAUUACAUCCUUUGCUGAGAUUAGUACCUUUAGAGAAGAGAAAGCAGAGAUUUUAUUGCUGAAACAGAUAUUAAAAGACUUUAUAUUAAA